AAAGGAAAAGGCAUAGUGAUAGAGCGAUUAGCCCCACAUUGCUCCCACCAAGUUACAACGAAAGUCACUUUCGUUUCGUAGCAGUCUGCAAUAGAAAUUCCAAGAUGAAACACCCAUGAAUAUUAAAUUCUCGAUUAAGAAAAUCAAUUGCCGUAUUGGAAAUGGAAAGUUCAGUCAAUCCAUCAUUCAUAAAUCAAACCACACCCUUUCUUCGUUCUUCUUCUUCUUCCAACGCGGAUUCCGUAUCCGUUAUUUUCUUAUAUACCCAUAAAACGCACAGACGGAAAUCAAACAACCCUUCUUUUGUAAAUUCAAACACUUGAAUUUCGUGUGUAUAUCGGAUGCCCACUAACUGUUUGUAGAAAUACUUGUAAAACUUUUUCUUUUUUCCGGGUGAAUAGCUUGUUACAUGGCGUCCGCGGCGAUAUUCUCGUCGUUGAGGAGGCCGCGAUCGCCGUCGCUGGACGCGUUCCUGGCGCCGGUGGAGGUGAGCAACGGCGCCGUUUUGGGGAUUCUACGCGCGAUUUCUGCGGAGCUGCUGGCGUCGUUUAAUAAAAAGACGCUCUUUUUCCAGGUAAAGAAUUGCCGGAAUUUAAUUCGGAAAAUUCAGGUGAUUUCUGUGUUGUUGGAUGCUUUCCACGAGGUGGGAUUCUUGGCAACAGCUUCGACAGUGUUUAUGUGCUUGAAGGAGUUGUACCUCCUGCUUUACAGGUCCAAACUCUUGAUUGAUUAUGUGAGGGGGUCGAGCAAAUUGUGGUUGUUGCUCCAGAACCAUUUUAUUUCUGGUAAUUUCCAUGAUUUGAAUCAGGAAAUCUCGACCCUUUUGGAUGUUUUCCCUUUGGGUGAGAUCGAUUUAUCUGAAGAUAUUAAGGAGCAUUUUGAAUUGUUGUGUAAGCAGUCGAGGAAGUCGAGAUUGUUCAUCGAUAAGCACGAUGAUUUGUUGAGGUUUAAGCUAUACCAUUUCUUAAAUGAAUUUGAGAGUGGAAGGAUUCCUGAGAGAGCUGCACUGCAUUCAUUUAUCGUGGAGAAAUUAAGGAUUUGUGAUGUGGAAAGUUGUAGAAAUGAGAUUGAGUUCUUGGAGGAGCAGACAGUGAAUCAUGAUGGUGAUAUUGAACCUACAGCCUCAGUUUUGAAUGGAUUUGUGGCUUUGAUUAGGUAUUGUAGGUUCUUGCUGUUUAGAUUCGAAGACGAAGGGGAAUUGGGAGAUUGGAAUCGUAAGAAGAUAAAGAAGGGAAUGAUCACUCAGGAAAUUGCAGAUGCAUUUAUCGCGAUCCCUAAGGAUUUCUGCUGCCCGGUGUCGUUGGAUUUGAUGAGGGAUCCGGUGAUCGUAUCCACGGGGCAAACAUACGAGCGUUCAUCCAUUGCAAGAUGGAUGCAGGAAGGGCACUGCACGUGCCCGAAGACAGGGCAGAUGCUUGUUCACACGAAGCUCGUGCCUAACCGUGCUCUCAGGAAUCUGAUCAUGCAAUGGUGUAUGGCGAAUGACAUACCCUAUGAUCCACCGGAGAACUCGGAUUACCCUUCCGAGUGUGCACUAGCUGCGUCCAUGAGCAACGCAGCCAUUGAAGCGACUAAAGUGACUGCUCAUCUGCUUGUCGAGCAGCUUGCUAACGGGACCCCAAGGGCCAAGACUGUCGCUGCCAUGGAGAUUAGGCUGCUCGCCAAGACAGGGAGGGAGAAUCGGGCUUGCAUUGCUGAGCUUGGCGCCGUUCCUCUUCUCAAACGGCUGCUUUCCUCCGAAGAUGUGUUGGCGCAAGAGAAUUCCGUCACUGCCAUCUUGAACCUGUCGAUAUAUGAUAAGAAUAAGCGCUUGAUCAUGGAGGUAGAAGGAUGUUUGGAAGCCAUUGUUGAGGUUUUGAGAUACGGCCACACCGUCGAGGCCAGGGAAAACGCUGCGGCCACUCUGUUCAGCCUCUCCGCUGUCCAUGAGUACAAGAAGGCGAUAGCUGACCAAGAAUGGGCCGUUGAAUCUCUGGCCGGACUCUUGAGAGAGGGAACGCCCAGGGGGAAAAAAGAUGCCGUCACAGCUCUCUUCAAUCUAUCAACACACAACGACAACUGCUCGAGAAUGAUAGAUUCAGGUGCAGUGACGGCGCUAGUGGAGGCACUGGAAUCCGAAGUUGUAUCCGAGGAAGCAGCAGGCGCGCUGGCUCUUAUAGUGCGUCAGCCGUUAGGGGCUGCAGCAGUGGCGUCCGAGGAAAUGGCAGUGGCGGGGCUCAUUGGCAUGAUGCGAUGGGGCACACCACGUGGUAAAGAGAACGUGGUGGCAGCAUUGCUCGAGCUGUGUAGGAGCGGUGGAGCAGCCGCGACUGAGAGGGUUCUGAAGGCUCCAGCUUUGGCCGGAUUGCUGCAGACGCUGCUCUUUACAGGGACGAAACGCGCUAGGAGAAAGGCUGCGUCGCUUGCUAGAGUCUUCCAGAGGUCCGAGAACGCGCAGUUGCAUUUGGGCGGAUUAGGCGUCGGAUAUGCCUUUGCUGGGAACUCAGGUGUGGCUAGAGAUGCAACUUUUGCUGCUGAUGUUUCCAUGCCUAUGUCCAUUUCUCUUCAUGUAUUAUAGUUUUCAUCACCUAUGAAUUGGUUGUGUUGUAUACCAGUUUUCUUUUCUGUGUAAUACUUGCAUCAAUUUUUUUGAUUCAAAUAUGAAUUAUAUCCUCAAGUUCAA